UUUUUCCACAUUGAAUGACAGAGCGAGGCAAAUCCGGCUCUGGGAUGUCCGGACCGGCUUCUGCAGCCGCAGGCGGUCCUGCAGGAUUUAGCAUGGCGCGUCGCGGCUCCACGCAGUACGAGACGGCUUUCGAGGCCUGGGCAAAGUCGCAGUCGCACGUCGAUGCCAACGUACUACGACAAUUCCGAGGGGUCAUGGAAAAGAACUCGACGGCAGUCAGCACACUAAUGGACUUUCUCUCGUUGGACGACAUGAAGUCUGGUCGCUCGUACGACAAGUCUGGCAGCGAGAACGGCGCCGACGGCUCGAAAGACCUGAGCGACCCGAUGCGCAAGACCAAAUCAUCCAGGUUUAACACACUGACCAAGACGCUAAACAUGCGCAAACUCCAGUUCCGUCGAAGCGCGACGAGCGCGACCAUCACGGCUGCGUCAAAAAUGCUCGACGACCUGGAGGCUGGCGGCGUCGAUCUGAAAGACCUUGAACACCUCGAGCACAUUGCCACCACGCGCGAGGGGAAGCGUCGGUCGGCUGGAUCGGCGGCUCUGGUCGGGCUCUUUUCACCAGUCUCUGGAGACUCCUCCCCCGCCAUCGCCGCAGGCGGUAGCGAGAGCUCGUUGCCGCAACUCAUCACACCAACAAAGCCAGCCGAAAGCCCGAGCACCAUCAGCGAGCCUGACGACAACCUUCCGAUGCGAUCCACCCCGCUUGUCAAGGAGCAACGUGCGCAAACGCUGCCUGUUGGCGCCACGAUGCUUGGCGGAACAACAAGCAACCAGUCGCUUGAAGAUGCAAACCGCAACAUGCGGCAGCUGUCGGUGGAUGGAAUGGAGUAUUAUCUUCAAAAAUCAGACGGUCGCAUCAUCAUCACUGGCGGAUUGCUAGAAAAGCUUGUUGCAAAGCUGGCCGACAAGGAGUUGUUAGACACGGAGUACUUCAAUAUCUUCUUGCUAACGUUCCGACACGUGGUCUCCCCCGCCGAACUGAUGGACAUGUUGCUUGCGCGUUUCGAGUACAUGGAUGAUGACACAAAGCUGGAGGGUUCGUACGGCGUGGUGCAACUUCGUACGUGCAACUUUGUCACCAAGUGGAUGGAAAAGUCUUGGUGCGACUUCCACAAUGUCGAUCACAUGCUGCGCAUGACGGACAAGCUCAUGAAGAAAAUGCAAGAGCGGCGGUGCGACGCGCUGGCGCAACGAAUCCGCUCCACCAUGGAGCGAAAGUUCCGAGAGACAGAGCACGAUAUUGACGUUGCAGUCGAAUACUUGAAUCAAGUGCCACCGAGCGAGCUCGAUUUCGACAACAUUACUGUUCAAAGUCUCUUUGAACAGCUUACCAUCAUGGACUUGCGGUAUUUCCGUGCAAUCCGCGCCGAAGAGUUUAUCGUGCAGCUCUGGGGAAACGACGAAGAACCCAACACAUGGCUAGCCAAACACAAUCUGACCCAAUACGUCGAGUGGUUUAACAAGAUUAGUAGAUGGGUUUCGACAGAGAUUUGCCUGGCCGUAGAUAACAAGGCGCGCGCACUAAUUAUUGAAAAGUUUGUCAAAAUUGCCAAGCUUUGCAAAAAGCAUCACAACUUUAGCACGCUCUACGCCAUUCUCUCUGGAUUGAAUCAUGGCGCGGUCUUCCGCAUGAAGAAAUCUUGGGAGCUCGUGUCGCAUCGGGCCGUUGCGACCUUGAGAGAGCUCGAGCAAGUGAUGGAUCCAACGCACAACUUUGACAACUACCGAAAAUUCCUCAAGGCAAAGAACAACCUGCCAUUGCUCCCGAUUCUCGGGCUGUUCCUCAAGGAUUUGACCUUCUUGAACGAAAUUCCAAAGAAGAUGGCCACUCAAUUUAUCAACUUUUUCAAACUGCGGAGCGUGCACGAUACGGUGAACGACUUUCUCAAGUUCCAGGCGUCGGAAUACCCCACGUUCAAGCCAGACGCCAAAAUCGAAGCGUUUUGCCGAAACGUGCACUCGGCGUCAGACCGCGUCUUGUACCAGUACUCUUAUCUCUGCGAGCCACGCAGCAAUAGCUUGCACGAGAAGCUCAAGCUGAUUGAGAAUCUCGAGUCGUCCAACUUUGGCCGAGCAACACCAACCGGGUUGGCUGGUAUGCCCCCACUCGAUCGCCGGCCAUCCAUUCAGAUGCUGAAUCGCGAUGUCACCUCAUCCAUGAACUCGUUGAACUCGAACGAUGAGUUUGGCUCUCAGUUGUCCAACAACACCACCGUCCACGCGCCCCAUCCGUCGCUGCGUGCCCAGGAUAGUUUUGGGAGUGUCGCCAGUGCAGCAUCCGCGCCCAUGAUGACGUCGCGUCGCAUGAUGUCGGAGAGUGCGAGCGACGAUCGGCUCCACCCUGACUCACCCAGCGGCGACGCGGGACAUAGUGGCGGCGGCCGCAAUGGCCUCGAACACCAGAAUGUUCCCCGCUUCUUCCCCUCCUCAAAUCUUUCCUCAAAUCUUUCCUCAAAUCUUCCACCCUCCGUGUCCCCACCCGAGCUUGACAACGACCCCGAGCCGGGUGCUCGUUCGCGACGACAGUCGUAUACGAACAGUGUGACGACCCGAGAGUCGGCACAAGCAUCCUAUGCUCCACCUGAGGCGCAUGAUGAGGAGACUGCCGAAACCAUGCUUUAAUUCAACAGCGCGUGUGUGGUGGUUUUUUAUUUUUUCCCGUUUUCUUUGUGACCGAUUUUCACAAGUGCAACGUUGUUGAUUUGAGUUUUCUGCCAUGUGCAUUAUUGGCUCUGGUUUUUUUAUAUUUCAAGUGUUUGUCUGCGUUUGUAGUAUAUCUCGUAUUUGAAAUUCUUGAUCUGAA